AUGGGUGAAUUCAAUUUAUGUUAUUACUUAUGCAUUACUUUUUGGCGAAAAACAUUGAUCAAAAAAGAAUCAAACAUAGUAUUACAUCCAGCUACUAAAUCAAAAGUAAAUCUCCAUCUGACAUCAGUGGAAGAAAAAAAUAAAUCAAGAUCGAACCAGAAAAAUGAAACAUCAAAUACUGAAAAUCGAUAUCAGAAAAACUGGCGAAAUCAAAAUUCAAAUCAACCAAGAAAUAAUCAAAACAAUUCGAAUCAAAAUGCAAAUAGACGAACAGGAAGCAAUUUUGGUCAAAGCAGAUGCUCUUUUUGUCAAGGACCACAUCCUUCGUUUGUCUGUAUUCUUCCAAAAGCUGACAAAAAGAAAGCUAUUAUCGAAAAAGGUGCCUGCUUAAAAUGUUUCAAACAAAAUCAUCAAACACAAGACUGUUUCGCCAAAAUUAUAUGCCAAAUAUGUCAAGGUCAACAUUCAUAUUUAAUUUGUGAGAAACCACCGGCAUCCAAUCAACAACAACCGAUUCCAUCCACCAGUGGAAAUCCAGGUUCAUCCAACGCUGGUCCCUCAUCAAAUGUAAUUCGACCAAAUUAUGAUCCAUCAAAUACCAAUUUAACCAGAUUGAAAACACCGGGACUCACAAGAUUAAACAUCUUGCUAAACAAAAAACCAUUCGAAGCACUAUUUGACAGUGGCUCAACCCACUGCUUCAUAAAUGAAGAACAAAGAAAAUCAUUGGGCCUCGAAUGGGUGCAGCAAGGAAAACUUCCGGUUGGUCAAGCAAGCUCAACUUGUCUUGCUCUAGGCAUUGUGAAAAUUAAAAUGCAAAUUGGAGUGAUGAUGAUAAACAAUUAUACAAUUACACAGAAAUGA